AGCCUAGUGCGCUGACACACAUGACAGAGAAGGCAAUGGAGUGCAUGUGCUGACAGUUGAUAAACAAUGUGUUAUCAUAUCCACCAGAUGUCAUUGUUCCCCGACCCAUAACUUGUUAUUUGAGAUGAUAAGUCGUCUCUUGCAUGCUGUCAGCCUGAACAAUCAUGAUUCUAUUUCUAACUGCUCUGCUCAUCAGUGGCUAUUGUGAUGCUCUCACUUGUAAUCAAACAGUGAACCCUAUGACGUAUCGACGUCUGUGGUCUGAUAAUGUGAAUGAUUACAAUGGUGUUCCCAUCACCUAUCCACUAAACUGUAUGCGGCAAAAUCUUCAGGAAAUCUCCAUCCUCUGUGACUAUGAUGUGGUACUGGGUGACGGAGCAAUCAUUGCAUCUCCUCCUGAUCUCAAUAGUUCAAGUUAUUUUGAGCAUUUCAUUGGGAUGAGCAACUCAAGGAAUUCGUAUAUUGACUUUGACCUCACUACAGCAACGGCUGGGAUUACUGCUAUAGAGCUCAGUUUCUUGAACAGUCCUGCCAACAGAAUCAGUUUGCCAGACAUUACAAUAUCAGUAGUUCAAUUUGGAACUGUAUCGUUUAUUGCAAGCUGGAUAUUUGAUAAUGAACAUCUUGAUCAGACGGACAACCAAAUCAGAACUAUUAGUAUUCAGCCAUUCAGACCACUUAGUGCUGUGAACCUCAGAAUUAGGUUUCAGUUUACAGAAUUUCAUGAUUUUAAUUGGAUCUUUCUAAGUGAAGUACGCUUUUGUACAGACCUUCAACCAAACUUACAACCAGAAGUAACAUUUCAAAUGCCACCAUCAAACAAUAUCCAGCCAGAUGCAGAGGACCUGAGAAGGGGAUCAACAGAGUUAGUGUGCACUGUUUCCAGUGAAGGUUCAUACACAUGGCAGUGGAAGAGAGAUAACAAUAUGAUAGAAAAUAAAGGGGACUACAGAAUAACCAUUGGAGAUGGAAGCAGAACAACUGAGUUGACAAUCAACAAACUAGGCUUUAGUGAUGCUGCUGAAUAUGAAUGUACGGGAAUGACAAGACGAGAUGCAAAUGUUAUGAACUCAAUAAUGUAUGUAUUGGAGUUUCCAGAGCAUGCCAUUACAACACCUUAUGUCAGUGGACAUCUACUGACUGGAGAGGUUACUCUAACCUGUGAGCUCCAUGGUUACCAGUUAUCACUCUCUCCUCCGGUGUGGCUAAACACAAAUGGCAGUGAAACAAAUGGCUCUACCAAAUACACUGUGUCCAUGUGUGAAGGAAACAACACAAUAAUUCUACAGAAUGGCACUAUUCUUCCUAGUAUUAUUCUGAGCAUCACAAUUCACAACCUUUCAUCAGCUGAUGGAGGUGCCUACACGUGUCAUGGUGGUGUCAGAGGAGAGAGUGUCACUCAACUCACAAUAGUAGAAGGGACCUUGUCUCCAAGUACGAGUACCAUGUUAUCCCAAACAUGCAUUCCUACACCUGGUUCUAGAGAAACCAUAACCACCCCUCUAUUGUCUGUCAACAAUACUACCACUCAAGUUCCGGUGGAUACUAUUACUAAUACAAUCAUCAUAGCAGCUGCAGUAAUCAUCGUUAUUAUAGUACUCACAGCAGUGGGUAUUCUCGCAACAACUUUGUUGCUUGUUAAAAUGUAUCGGAGCAAGACUCUAACCAGCUCAAUACAAAACGAGAACAAUUACAUAGAAAUUGAGCUCAAGUCUGAUUUGACGGAAAACGAUGCCGGGAAUUGCAAUUGGCACCCUAUGGCACGAGACAGUUUGAAUCCUCCAAUACCUCCCCAGUAUUUUGACGAAACUGAUUUUCAGCAGUUAGAAUUCGAGCAUGAAGAGUUAGACUAUGAAGAUGGAGAGUUGUACAGACAGAGGAGAACAACAAAUUCAACUGAGCCUAAAUUAACGAAAUUAAUUGCAGUUGAUUUUGAGGAUGCACUUGAUUCCAAUCCAAUAUAUGAUACUACAUCUGUUUUAGGUGGUGGUUUCAUAGAGGAAAAUCCACUGUAUGAUGAUCGAGAAACCUGUGGGGCAGAGGGCAUACUCGGUGAAGAAAAAUCAUUGCUUGAACCAAAUCCGAUGUAUGAGUCCGCACAGAAUCUCGCUAGGUUUAUGGAGGAGAAUCCAUUGUACGAUAGGCGGAGCUGCAGUAUCGACAGCGAACUCAGUGGAGAAGAACCCAUUUACAAUGAGGCUCUUAAUCCAGCUAUGUUUUCAUGCAAAAGAGAUCAAUUUUAUCAUGAAGAAUUAAAUCCAAUGCAAGAUGGUAGUAAUGCUGAUUUGCUGCCAUUUGAACCAGUGUACGACAUACCUUCGCUGGUGGUGGCAUCCGCAAAGCUCUUGCUAAUUGAAACUGGAAACAUUUGUGAAGAGAGGGUUCUUGGAAUCGGGCAGUUUGGAGAAGUAGUGUUAGCGGAAACUGUGGGUUUGAGCGAGAAAGACCUGAAGCUUGGUUGCAGCACUGACAAGAAUGCACGGAUCCUAGUGGCAGUGAAGAAGUUGAAAAAUCAGGCCGACAACUCCAUGAAGGAAUCGUUUGAGAAAGAGAUCAAGUUCAUGUCCGGGCUCUCCGAUGAGAACAUUGUUAGACUGUUGGCUGUGUGUGAUAAGGAGCCUAAGUUCAUUGUGAUUGAGUACAUGGAAAACGGAGAUCUUUAUCAGUUCUUGAAUCAACAUCAACUGGACACUUCAUCUGCCGAAUUGCUGGAAAACAGAUUAACAGUUUCGAAUCUCCUGUACAUCAGUGUUCAGAUAGCCAGUGGAAUGCGAUAUCUUGCUUCUCUUAAAUACGUGCACAGAGAUUUGGCCUCUAGAAACUGCCUUGUAGGCAAGAAUUUGACAGUGAAAAUUUCUGAUUUUGGCAUGAGUCGCAAUCUGUACGAAUCAGUUUACUAUCGAUUGCGAGGACGAGCCGUACUUCCUAUUCGCUGGAUGGCUAUGGAAGGCUUUUAUGGGAGAUUCUCUGAGAAGACAGACGUCUGGUCAUUUGGUAUCACACUGUGGGAGAUAUUCACUCUGGGAAGAUUCCUCCCUUACGAGGAACUAGAUGAUCAGCAAGUUGUUGAUGAAGCAAUUAGAAACAAACAACGUAAACUACUAUCGAAGCCCGAGGCAUGCCCCGAGGAUGUCUACCAACGUGUGAUGCUUAAAUGCUGGGAGUACAAACUAGAAGAUAGAGCUGAUUUCGUAGAGCUCCACAACUGUUUAGAAGAGAUUCACAAGCACUUAGAAAUAUAAUGCAGACAGCUAUUUUUUAGAGGAAAGGAUUUUAUUACUGGCUUAUAAUAAUUAUUGUAAUGAUCAUUAAUGAAAUGAAA